AUGCGCACACCCAACAGCGAAUCUAGCCUUGAUCAGGCACAGCAAGUGUGCACUUCAUGUAAAGCACGGAAGAGGAAAUGCGACAAGGCACUUCCCAGAUGUUCGCAAUGCACCAAGAGGAACUUGACGUGUGAAUACUCAACGCUGGAGCAAUCCCGCAACUCGGCAUCCGUACCCGACCGACCGUGGCAUGGUAUCCACGCCGACGAAGAUCGCGCGGAUGCCCAAUCCCUUGACUUUCCGACCAUGCUGUUCUUGGAUCCGGGUAUUUUACAGCAUGGGCAGGUUGAUAUCUCCUGUGUUGCUCCUCCCGUUCCAGCCCACAUUCUACAACUACUUGGAGACAUAGAUGAAAUUCGCGCCACGGCAUCUAAAUUCUUCGAGCACAUACACAUGUGGAUGCCAUUUAUCUCUAAGAAACGGUUUCAUGAACUCCACCUACGUUCCUUCCAAUCUCAACCCGACAUCGCACUUCUUCUAGUCUCUCUUAAGCUCAUCACAACGCUCCCUCCCGUAAGCCCACGGAACCCUCGGACUCCCCUAUACUAUACCGCGAAGCACUUCUACCUCGAAGUCGAAGGGUCUAGCAUCUUUUCGAUCCCAAUCUUGCAGGCUGGGAUACUCAUCGCUCUCUACGAACUCGGGCAGGCUAUAUACCCUGCAGCCUACCUGUCUAUUGGUGCAUGUGCCCGAUAUGCACACGCUCAUGGCAUCAAUGUUGGUGGAACGUUGAAUACAAGAAGAGCCGUGACCUUGAUUGAGGUUGAAGAGAGGAGGAGAGUUUGGUGGGCAAUUGUGAUCUUAGACCGCUUCGUGAAUGUCGGUUGCCCCGGGAGGCCCUUUGCGACCGCGGACCCUAGCCUAGAUGACUUUUUGCCGGCGGACGACGCCGUGUGGGACCAAGGCAUCGUCAGAUCAGACGAUUCGUUCAGGUUGUCUUCACCAAUGACCGCUCACAUGAGUAAAUUCGCGCUAUUAUGCCAAGCCGCGAGGUUGCUGGGCCAGGUCCUCCGCCAUGUCUCCAGUGAAUCGGCGUUUCAAGAUGACGUCUGGAUGCAGUUAGAUCGGACCCUUCACUCCAUGCUUGCCGCUUCGCAUGACAUGGACGAGCCAGAUUAUGACCAGAUUACCUUCAUUUAUAGCGCUCUCGUUGCUCUGUAUAUGCCUUCGUUCUACGCUGCUGAUGACACGGAUCGCUCUCAGCGCGCAAGAGUUGUCAUUCGACAAAUCAAUGAGACGGUAAGUAGGAACCUCGUUAGACAGCGAUGCUUCAUAGGUCGCGAUCCCGAGGCUAUUUCUCCAUGGGGCCUCUUUUUCGCGUACCAUCUCUGUGGGGCACAUAUACGCUAUGGUCGAGGGAUCCCUGAGCUUGUGAAAAUCCUUAGAGAGACAUUUACGGGUAUAGAUGCUAGGUGGAAUGCUGCAGGUGUUUAUCUCCAGCUCCUCGAGGCGCGGGAAGUCAUGAGCCAGUCGUAAUCGGAGGCUCUGUACACUGUUCUGUUCGACCUGCUUUUAGAGAUCCAAGAGGGACGUGAUUUCAUCCUUUUGAAUGACUGGGAAAGUAUGGGCACCUCAGGCGGUGCUUCGUGGGGAUAGCAAUCUAUCAAUCACAUACUAGCGCCCCCAAACUAACCCAGCGCGCCUAGCUAGUAACUACUCAAACCAUUAGAUUCUCCUUCCUCCAC